AUGGCUAGAAUUGGCUCAUGUCUGAGCCCAACAGAGAAGGAAGAACUCACGGCUUUCCUUAAGGAAAAUCGUGACAUCUUCACAUGGUCACCCUCUGACAUGCUCGGUAUUGAUUCAGCGAUAGUUUGUCACAAGCUGCACAUCGACCCUGCUGCCAAACCUGUGAUCCAAAAAAGGCGACAUUUCGCACCCCAGCGAGUGGCGAUCAUUGAGGCAGAGAUCAACAAACUACUAGAGGCCGGAUUCAUUGAGGAAAUGGCACAUUUAGCAUGGUUGGCCAACGUCGUGCUAGUAAUGAAAAAAGAGAAGGGCUACAAUCAGAUUGCCAUGCACAAGCCUGACAAAGAAAAAAUCGAAUUCAUGAUCGAGCGAGGUAGAUACUGCUACAAGGUUAUGCCUUUUGGCCUCAAGAACGCAGGAACAACCUACCAGCGACUCAUAAACACGAUGUUCAAGAAGCAAAUCGAGGUCACAAUGGAAGUCUACAUCGACGACAUCAUGGCAAUUAAAAAAGCGCAGAAGGAUAAAUCGGACGAUGAGUGCGAAAAAGCAUUUCAAGACCUGAAGCAAUACUUGACAUCACCUCUACUACUAUCCAAACCAGAAACAGCAGAGAACCUAUACAUCUAUCUGGCGGUAUCAAAAGUAGCAGUAAGCUCUGCCCUCAUACGAGAAAAGCUGAGGGCCCAACUGCCUGUAUUCUACACAUCUAAAGCUAUCCUCGAUGCGGAAACCAGAUACCCGAAGAUCGAAAAACUAAUUUUGGUGCUAGUUGUUGCAGCUCGGAAGCUCAGACCCUACUUCCAAGGGUAUUCGAUCAUCAUCAUGACCCAAUACCCACUGCAAUUAGUUUUGCAUAGUCCGAACACUUCUCAGCGAGUAAUGAAGUGGGCUUUGGAACUUGGUCAAUACGACUUAGCAAACCAACCCUGCAUGAUAAUACAAGCCCAAGCACUGGCAGACUUUAUAGCAAAAUUCACCCCGAGCCUGAAGGAUGCAGCAACACAGCCCGAAAAGGCCCUAGAGGCAGAAAAUGCCCAUGCAGAUGCACUGGCAAGCCUAGGCUCCGCAUUAGACCAUCAGCUCAAACGCUCAAUCCUGGUCGAGUACCUGGAGAAGCCAAGCAUAGAUGAGGAACCAGCAAGCGAAGUGGUGCAUAUCAGCACAACCUCGAGUUGGCAAGAUCACAUCAUCGACUCCAUAGUCAAUGGAACGCUCCCCGCAGACAGACUGGAAUCUAGGAAGCUCCAAAUAAAGGUAGCACGCUACUACAUGUGGAACGUCGUGCUCGUUCGAAGAUUCUUUUCAGGACCACAUCUUAACUGCCUAUCGCCUCCCGACGACCUGAAGAUUCUUAGCUCAAUCCACGAAGGUGUAUGUGGAAACCACUCCGGAGGUCGAUCAUUGGCGCAAAAAGCUCUCAACGCUGGUUAUUAUUAG